ACCGCCAUGGGGUGCGAGCCGAACCGGCUCCGCCUGAUGUGCAUGCUGACCCUGACGUUCGGCUUCUUCGUGGUGGAGGUGGUGGUCAGCCGGAUGACCAGCUCGCUGGCCAUGCUGUCCGACUCCUUCCACAUGCUGUCGGACGUGAUCGCCCUGGUGGUGGCCCUGAUCGCCGUCCGCUUCGCCGCCAAGACCCAGUCGACGGCCAAGAACACGUUCGGCUGGAUCCGGGCCGAGGUGAUGGGGGCGCUGGUCAACGCCGUCUUCCUGACCGCCCUGUGCUUCACCAUCGUGCUGGAGGCCAUCGAGCGCUUCACCGAGCCGCAGGAGAUCGAGAAGCCGCUGGUGGUGACGGGCGUGGGGGCGGCCGGCCUGCUCAUCAACGUGCUGGGGCUCUUCAUGUUCCACGAGCACGGCGGCGGCGGCGGCGGCGGAGGAGGAGGAGGUGGUGGUGGAGACGGCGGGGAUGGCGGCGGAGGAGGAGGAGGAGGAGGGGGGGGAGGAGGCGGCGGGUUGCUGGGACACGGCCACUCGCACGGCCUCUCGCUGCGGAGGAAGAAGCGGAGCGACACCGAGAACCUGGCCGGCAACGGCGCCUCCAACUGCGAGCGGGAGGAGAGCAACACCCUGGUGGCCUCCAGCAGCCUCAACGGCGUGAGCCUCGACAAGCAGGAGAGCUGCGAUCUACUAAGGGAGAACAAUAUGGAGAGAAGUCUGCAAUUGAAUGGCAUUGCUAUCCUCGACGACAGUCGUGAUGGAUUUAAUGACGCUGAAGAUGCUGCCUCUCAACUCAACAUGCGUGGUGUCUUUCUCCACGUGCUUGGAGAUGCCUUGGGCUCUGUCAUAGUGGUGGUAAAUGCAGUGAUAUUUUACUUUGUUUGGAUCCCAUGUCCUGAAAGUGGUCCUUGCAUUAAUUCAUGUGUGCACAAUCAUUGUAGUGAUGAACAUAUAAAUGGCACAAACACAAACUCGUCUAUAAGCAUUCAACAAGCUGGACCCUGCUGGGUUCUGUUCUUAGAUCCCACUUUAUGCUGUAUUAUGGUUUGCAUCCUGCUCUACACAACCUAUCCUCUCCUGAAGGAGUCUGCUCUCAUCCUAUUACAGACUGUGCCUAAACAAAUAGAUAUGCACAUGUUAAAUGAGAAGCUAAGUCAUUUGGAAGGAGUCCUUGCAGUACAUGAGCUGCAUGUCUGGCAGUUGGCUGGCAGUAGAAUAAUUGCAACAGCCCACAUUAAAUGUCGUGACCCAACUGCUUACAUGGAUGUCGCAAAACGCAUCAAAGACUUCUUCCAUGAUGAAGGUAUCCAUGCCACGACCAUCCAACCAGAGUUUGCUUCAGUAAACGCAGACUCUCGCACUUCCAUUUGUGAACUGCCAUGCAAGACUCAGUGUGCCUUAAAGCAGUGCUGUGGUAAUGGGGAGAAGAAUCCCAUCGAUUCCUUGGAUAAUGCUCCUGGUAUUCCACUUAAGCCUGGAGAAAAUCGUGACAAUUCAAGAAGAACGUCAAGUGAAAGUGAAAAAAAUGCAGGAGAAGGCAAACGAGAAGGCAAAGAUACACAAUACGAGUCAGCUGUUUAAUUGCAGCUUGUUUCAAAUGACUUGGUGUUUUGCUGACUUCAACUUGGGGUUGUCAACUGGAAUUGACUGGCACUGAAUUGAAGUUACUGUGGCAGAUAGUCAUUCUUGAGCUUGUUUCACAGCUCCUCGACUUAUAUAUGGCACAUUCCAAAGCAAACACUUGGACACUCACUAAAAUCUACUUGAAUCUAUUUUCCCAGCUUUGUGACGAGCAACCUGGGUAAUGCAUUGCUGUUGACAAUGUCAGCAGAAAAUUGUAUUUAAUGAUUACUAAAGGUGCAUUGACAUUCUUUCAUGUGGGAAAUUACCUAGGUUUUUAUAAUAGUGGUUUUAUGUAGAUGUAGCAGUUUUGCAUCAACCUUCAAACACCUUUUAUCCUCAUCCUUUUGAAUUGCUGCUGUAUAAAGUGUCAGGAGAGGGGUUGUGGUGUGAAAAGUAACCCAGUGAAUCCAGAGUGUUGAACUUUAUUGGUGUUACACUUGGGUAAAUUUGCUUUGUGUGCUAAAAUGUGCUAGUUUCUUCCCUCCUUCUCCAUCCCCCUCCCCAUCUGACCUUGACUAGCUGUAACAGUGCAUUUAUUGUAAUUGUGUAAAUUAGACAGCAGAACUUUUCUGCUGAAAAGAAUAGUUGAAGUUGUGCCUCAAUCUUGUUUAAAUUUGGCAACUGUAAGUAGUUCAACGUAUUGACUAUUCUAACAUGCUUUUGUAGCGCAGAUGAUUACUGUGCAUUUCCCAAUCUGAGGAGGUUCUAUGGUUCUAUUCUGGACCAACAUAUUGCUAUGUUGAAACAUACUGAAACAUGGAAGAAAAAGUGAUAUUGGGUUUAUUUCAGUAUUUUGUUGUUAAAGAUGGGUAAACAUUUUUAUGAAAGUGUAUGUUACUGAAUAGUACAUUUUUGCUUUGAAAGACAAGCAAACGGUAAACCAAAAUGAGAAUGAAACCAAGUACUGUUCAGUAGUUUUGUUCAAGACUCAGUCAAUUUCAUUUUUGGAGUCCUUGAUCCUCUGGCAGCCUGUCUUUUGAGCUGUCCUUUGAAACGAUCCACCAGCAUUACUUUCUGCUAAUUUCGAUCAGAAUUAGAUAUCUGAUGCGCUUUCUCAGUGGAGAAACCAACAUGGAGGUGUUCACGGUAAAUGUGAGGACAGACUUAGAAAGGGCACACCUCAAAUAAGGUAUCAAUCGCAACACGCAAUCUUGUUACUAGGCUGUAAUGUAGAAAUCCUUAACAUACUCUGAUUAAACCUUUAAUAAACAUUUCUAAAGCAGACCCGAUGGAUACCUGGAGUUGUCUUAAGUGAAGCAAGUGGUGAUUAUAGUCAAUCAAAUAUUUUCUGUGAAUACUGUAAAAUGGUAAAUUGGGUUCCAUUCAAAGCAUGUGCAUUGUCGAGGAAAAAAUCCGUACUUUUGGAUGUAAUGGGAUGGCCACCACUGCUCCAAAACAAUUUUAUAGAAAUUCAGAUACGAUUGGCUGCUCAUCACUUUGCUUCAGUAUUUUUGCACAUAGUAACUUUCAAGUUUUCCUUUUUAUAUAGGUAUAUUUACUUAUGCCAAAUGCAAUCCUAUUAGUCUACCACUUUACAAUUAAUAGAGCACCCUUUACAUUGGGCAAGCUUUAUGGACUGUACACAGUCCAACCGACCUUGAACUAAUGAUCCCACUUCAUCAGAGUAUUUAAUUGAAAAUAACUGCUUUGACACUGGCAUGAAGGGAUAGAUUUAUUGAAUACAUUAAUAGGGUUGUGAAUUUCAAUCCUACUUCAAUCAGUUGCCCAGUUGGUCUUUCAGAAUGUUUCCGAAUUUGAAAGUAGUGCUUUAACUGAAAGGUGAAUAUCAAAUUUAAAAGGAUACCAAAAAUGUGAUGGCGAUUCCAAAUUCUCUAGGAAAAAGUAUAACAUGGUUAGCGAAUAUAGCGUAUGCAGUGGGAAAAAAAUGUAUUUGUUAAAAACCCAAGCCAUCUGAUCCCAAGUCACCUGGUUCGAGAAACAAUCCAUUUAAGUUCUGUAAGUCUGGCUUACACGUUUACAAGAAAUACAGUUUUUAAAAUCAUUAAAGGCAUUAAAAUACAACUUUGCCCCUUA